AUGGCCAGCCAUAUCAUCGGCAACCGCAACAGCACUCCGGAAGCUGCCCCGAAUUCCACGCUUCGUCCGCCCUCGUCCGCCCGCAAUCUCGGUUCACACCAGCUGCGAGCGUCCGCUGACAUGUCUGGAUUCCCUUCCCCUCUGUCCUCUCGCAGUAUGCGUCCGUCAUCAGAGGUUUUCUUCAGCCAACAAUCUCAGGGCCAGAACAGCACGGAGGAUGCAUUGGAUCGAGCGGCCCAGCAGUGGCUGGCAGACAUCGACCAGUACGAGACAACGCUAGAGGAGAUGGCAGCCGCUACGCUUGAUCAGGAUUUCAAGGAUGAACUCAGUGCCAUCGAGCAAUGGUUCCGUGUCCUGAGUGAAGCGGAGCGGACCGCAGCUCUCUAUGCUCUGUUGCAGCAGACAACCCAGGUGCAAAUCCGGUUCUUCAUCCAGGUGCUGCAACAGAUGUCCCAGGGCCACCCGAUGUCCGGACUGCUUUCUCCGGCCAAUUUUGGUGAAAAGGAUGCCAUGUCUAGCCGCCUCAGCGAUGCCAUGUCGAAGCUCAACAUGGACAGCUCACGGAGUUCUUUGGGCCGGCCCCCGCCAUCCCCGGGCGCUAAGCGCAACUCGGGUCUCGAUCCCUCUACAAUUAAUGCAAUGUUCCCCGAUGCCGCCGCCGCGAUCGCGAAGAAGAAGGCGGAAUUUACUCAACAGACCGGCAAUGCUCCUCCGUCGAACCGCAACAGCGCGGUCUUCGGGGACCGUACCUCGUUCGUUGCACCCACCAUCUCGGCUCCUGAUAACAACGACAGCCUGGGCCAGCCUACGGCAUCUCCAUGGGCUCAGCGCGGUGGCCUUUCAGACACCCAGCCCCCCAUUGCCCGGCCAAAGUCUUCCUCUGGUCAUCAACCCAUGGGUCAAUUCAGCCAGAUCCCCUCUGGAAUGCGCUCUCCCCUUCCCCAAACUGCCACGAUUCCGGCUGCCGAUAUUGAGCCUCCGCUGCUCUCGCCGUACAAUGUUGGAAACCAUAGCUGGGCUUCGAUGACCAACACCCCCAUGACCGCCACCUUUGGUCACCAGCAACAAAGCAAUCAGAACACCCAGGCGGACAUGGUUGCCAAUGCGACCGCGAUGAAGCUGGCGGCCUUGUCCACGGUGAACAACCGUAUUGCGCUGGACGAUGCCCGAAAGUACCGCCGUGCCCGCUCCAACGACGGCCAAGGGAAGAACUUGGCUGGCAACCCCACCUUCUCCCAAGGUCUGUCGAGCCCGGGCUUGUCCGGUUCCAUGGCCGGCCAGCUGUUGAAUGCUCAGCAACUUGCCGCUCUGCAGGCUCAGCAGCAGGCAGCCAUAGCGGGUCGGCGGUCUCGCCCCACGUCCCCCGGCAUUGCCAUGCAGGGAGGCGGCGGACUCGGCCCCAUGGGCUUCACUUCCCCGCAGAACAACGGUUUCCUCGCCGCGUACGACCCGAACAACCCUCUGAUGGGCAACGGACUGAGUUCGCUGGGCAUGGGCCAGUUUGGUCUUGGUGGUGAGGGCUACCUGUCCGACCACUCGGAGGUUACUCGUGGGCGCUCGCCGCGUGGUCGGCGUGGAAGCUCGAAGCCCCCGGAAGACCCCACCGACCCGGCUCUUCUGCAGGACAUCCCCAGCUGGCUGCGAUCCCUUCGGCUGCACAAGUACACCGACCACUUGAAGGAUCUCCAGUGGACGGAACUGGUUGAGCUGGAUGACAAGGCCCUGGAGGACCGCGGAGUCAAUGCGCUGGGUGCACGGAACAAGAUGCUGAAAGUCUUUGAACAGGUUAGAGAAGCCCGUGCCGACGGCAAGCUCGAGAACCUUCCGUGA